AUGGCUACUUCAACAGAAGCACCAACAGAACAACUUGAAGCUUGUUCGAUUCAAGGAUCAAUUGCUUACACCUCUGAAAAAAGCGGUAGUGAUGAGAAAGGCGAUGGGUCCGAAGGGAAACCAUUUAAAACUCCAUUACAAGCUUUUCGUCAACAUGGCGAGAAUGUAACUGUUUACGUUGAUGGGAAAGAUGAAACCAAAGGUAAAUGGGAAUUAUUAUCAAAAGCUCAAGCAAAAAAAGUGAAAACACGAUUUGAAGAUGAAAAGCGCAAGGAAAAAGUUACUGCUGAACGAGAAGAAAAGGAUCAAUUACAACGAGAAGAAAAUUUGAGGAAAGCAAAAGAAAUUACAAUCACUGAAGAUACAUCAUUACCAAAAGCAAAAGUGCUUAAAAUUAAAGCAUUGAAAAGUGAACACGGUGAACGUGUCAAAGUUUUCGGUUGGGUACAUCGCAUUCGAAGACAAGGAAAAAACCUAAUGUUCGUUGUUUUACGUGAUGGUACUGGAUUUUUACAAUGCGUCUUUGCAGAUAAAUUGUGUCAAAACUAUGAUGCAGUUAUCUUGGCAACUGAAGCAACGGUAGGUGUAUAUGGUGUUGUCCGACCUAUACCUGAAGGCCAAACAGCACCAGGCAAUCAAGAAUUAGUAGCUGAUUAUUUUGAAGUUGUUGGACAUUCACCGCCAGGUGGUGCUGAUACAUUAAUCAACGAAGAUUCGCAUCCUGAUGUGCAACUAGACAACCGACAUAUGCUAAUUCGAGGAGAAAAUACAUCGAAAAUUUUACGCCUUCGUUCAAUUGUUACCCAAUGCUUCCGGGAUCAUUAUUUUGAUCGAGGUUAUUAUGAAACAUUUCCACCAACUGUCGUUCAAACACAAGUCGAAGGUGGUUCUACACUUUUUGGUCUUAACUAUUUUGGAGAACCAGCUUAUUUAACACAAUCAUCUCAACUUUAUCUUGAAACAGCUUGUCCAGCAUUAGGUGAUGUGUUUUGCAUUGCUCAAUCGUAUCGUGCUGAACAAUCUCGUACACGACGUCAUUUAGCUGAAUAUACGCAUGUUGAAGCUGAAUGCUCAUUUAUAUCAUUUGACGAUUUACUCAAUCGAAUUGAAGAUCUUGUUGUUGAUGUUGUUGAUCGUGUUUUGAAACAUCCUGAAGCUCAUCUCUUGUUCGAAGUUAAUCCAGAUUUUAAAGCCCCGAAAAAACCAUUUAAACGAAUGAACUACAGUGAUGGCAUUGAAUGGUUAAAAGCUAAUGGAAUUAAAAAUGAAGAAACUGGUAAAUUUUAUGAGUUCGGCGAGGAUAUACCUGAAAUGCCGGAACGAAAAAUGACUGAUCAAAUCAAUGAGCCGAUUUUAUUUUGUCGAUUUCCAGCUGAAAUUAAAUCAUUUUAUAUGCAACGAGACCCUAAGAAUAAUCUUUUGACUGAAUCGGUUGAUGUUCUAAUGCCAAAUGUUGGCGAAAUUGUUGGUGGUAGUAUGAGGAUGACAGAUUUCGAAGAUUUAUCUGAAAGUUUUCGUAAGAAUGGUCUUAAACCAGAACCAUACUAUUGGUAUUUGGAUCAACGUAAAUAUGGAACAUUUCCACAUGGUGGCUAUGGCCUUGGUCUUGAUCGUUUCAUGACAUGGAUAACAAACCGUUAUCAUAUUCGUGAUGUUUGCUUCUAUCCACGAUUUAUUGGCCGAUGUAGACCAUAA